UUAUUUAAUUGUUUGACCUAUUUGGUAGUUUAAAUACAUAACUACGAAAUUUCAAUAAAAAAAGUUAUGAAACAUGGACGAAUCCCUAGUAGUAACAGUUAAGAAUAUUUGUUGUACUUGUUUAAGUAUAGAUAGAAAGUUAACCCGACUUUGUAGCAUCGAUGAUGGUAUAAAUAAUUUGUUUUUUCUACUUUCAUGCGAUUCGGAAGCUUAUGAGUUAUUAUGCUACAAGGAAACAGCAGAUCUCCAUAUUUGUUGGGAGUGUAAAGCGUUGUUGAACCGUCUGUGUAACUUCCGAGAUCAAGCGUGUAUUUCUCAGAAACGUCUAGAUAACAUCAUUAAUGGUACUAACAAGAACCAGCACUAUUGCCUAUCUAAUUUGUCUAACAGUCAUCAAAAUUCAUAUGACUACGAAUAUAUUACAGCUGACGUUAACGACACGAUCAAAGAUGAAGACUGCGACUCUAUUAAAAGUGAGAGUGAUGCAGAGUUUCUGGUCUUUCCAGACUUGAUUAACGAUUCAAAUGAAGGAACAGAUGAUGAUAAAGAUUUAUUAAUUGAAUCCGACAAAAGUUCAGUACUAACGACUAGAGGAGACGUUGAAAAUGUCUUAAAUAUAGACAGAAAUAAGGAUCAAAUCAGAAAGAUUAUAGUGGAAGAAAAUAUGAAUUAUACAAUUAUUAAAAUGAAUGAACGGGAACUGAAAAAUAGUUUGCAAGAUAGGAAGUCGGUGCCGAGUUUUGUUGAAGCGUUGUUCAAGUGCGAUACAUGUGUGGAAGUGUUUAGAGAUGAAACGGAAUAUCAGGCGCAUAUGAAUGAGGCGCAUAAAAAGCUCCCAAAACACAAGAAGUGUGAUAUUUGCCAAGUGUACGUGAAAAGGAGAUGGUACGAUGAACACAGGAGCGAUCACUAUCUGAAAUACCAGUGCCAUUUCUGCGACAAUAUUUCGUAUAACGUCAUCGUUAUAUUGAAACAUUUGAAAAUCGGUCACGCUGUUAAGAGUAUACCGAAGGAAAUUCGGAAGUUACGAAAGAGAUCAUAUUUGAAGAAUCCAGGCCUGAAACCUUGGUUGGCGGACGUGUCGCCGGACAAACACACGUCGGUUGGCUACGUGUGCUCGAAGUGCAAUGAAUUAUUCGACACCAAGAAAGAGAGAACGCUCCACAUACAGAAAGUUCACAAACAGCCCGACUUUAAGUGCUCCACGUGCGGGAAAACAUUCACUGGCUCGUACAACUUAAUGAAUCAUGAACGCCUACACUCGGGCACUUUGCCCCGACAGCCGUGCCCGAUAUGCGGGAAGUUAAUCCGGUACGACACGAUGAAGGCCCAUUUGAAAGUUCACGGAGAAAGGCAGAGUGUAAAGUGCUUCGAGUGUAACAAAUCAUUCGUUUCUCAUUCGUCGUACCUUCAGCACCUAAAGUUCACGAAGACACACGCCGGAAACGACGCGUUUAGAAUCCGAUGUCCGAUUUGCAAGAGAGGUUUCCGCACGAAGGCCGAUCGCCACGAUCACAUUAACUACCGUCACAUGGGGAAGAGUAACCACAAAUGUCCGAUUUGUGAUAAGAUAAUAUCAUCGGGCAGGUUGCUUACCCGUCACUUAAAGUACACGCACUACGGCGAAAAGAAGGAGACGGUGCGGAAAAUAUACUUAUGUCAAACUUGUGGGAAAGUUUGCCGGGAUACGACAGCGUUAAGAGAACACGAAUCCAUACAUACAGGAGAAAAGCCGCUGAAGUGCGACCUCUGCGGGAAACGCUACCGGAGGAGCGGUGCGCUCUGCACCCACAAGAGACUCGCCCACAAAGUCAUAUCGAAGAGAUUACUAUUGAAGCACACGGAAACAAACGUCGAGGAUAUUGAGGAGUAAUUCAGUUAUAUCCAAUUCCGACCGGAAGUUAAGACUGAGGAUAUAUUGAAGUGAACAGCUGCACUGUAUUCCCUGUCUUUUGCAAUUCAAGGGACUGGAAAGAGGUUUCGGUGGUAGGGCUUUGUGUAAGCUAGUCUGGGUAGGUACCACUCACUGAUCA